AUGCGGCUCUCCAUAAGUCAGGCUUUCUCUCCCACUCAAUGUGUUUUUGCGCUUCGCCGCAAGUCUCGCUCCUUGAUCAGAUCCUCUGUGCUCUCAUCAGCGCUUCAUCAGACACGAACAUUGACCAUGUCAUUGUCUUGCCUUGGAGAUGUCCGCUGGGAUGACGAUAGCUUUUAUCACUACACUGGUGGCCGUUGGCUGUUUAACGAGGCGGAGCAGCUCGCUGACCGAUGCGUGAAAUUCAACAUGGCCGAGCUAGUCAGAGUUGCGACUAAAAGUCUAGGUUGUAGCCCAUCUUCAUGUGUUAGUGUGGAAAAGCUUCCGGAAGGGAAUUAUAACAAAGCUUUCCUCAUCAAGAUGUGUGACGGGCGGCAAGUCGUCGCCAAGGUACCUAACCCCAAUGCCGGCCUGCCUUUCUACACCACCGCCAGUGAGGUUGCGACGAUGGACUUUCUGAACUUCCUACGGGUAAGGAAUAUCGCCGGAAUCCCGUCACCAAAGGUGUACGCGUGGAACGCUCGUGCCACAGGCAAUCCUGUUGGAGCUGAGUAUAUUGUCAUGGACAAAGCUGAUGGAGUCCUGCUAAGCUCCAAGUGGCCUACUCUGAGCAUGAAAGAAAAACACCAGUUGACGCAGGUUAUUAUUGAUUUUGAGCGGAGCCUUCUUUCACACCACUUUGAGAAUAUUGGAAGUCUUUACUAUGAAACAGAUCUCGCUGGUCUGCAAGAUAAGUUCUCUACCACUGGUUACUCUGGUUUUGCCAUCGGCCCCACUACAAACCGACAAUUUUUGGAAGACGGACGAAGAAAUUUCGAUUCAGACAAAGGGCCUUGGAGCACCGCUAGCGAAUAUGUACUCGCCUCAGCGAGGCGCGAAAGAGAGUGCAUCCAGCGAUCCGCAAAGUUCCCGAGACCGGAAGGCAUAUUCGGUGGGCCGAGGUCUUACGAGCCCACGGCUGACGCAAAGCUUGCAGUCCUGGACAAUUUUGAGAAGGUGGCUCCUUAUCUACUUCCCAAAGAUACCUCAGUCAACAUUCCUGUUCUAUGGCACAGCGAUCUCCAUCAUGACAAUAUCUUUGUCGACUCAGCGGACCCAUCGAAGGUACUUUCUAUCAUAGACUGGCAGUCAGUAUAUAUAGCACCACUUUUCCAGCAAGCCACAACCCCGGCAUUCUUAGACUUUGACGGCCCAAAGCAAACGGAGGGUCUCUCAGUGCCAUCUUUACCGAAUAACUUUGGGGAGCUAAGUCUUGUUGAAAAAGAGCGAGCCAAGACCUUGCUAGCACACUAG